GCAGAGGCCCUCUACACACAACAAAUCCCGGCAUGCUCCUGAGUGGCCCGAGGUGGAGGGUUCUAGAAGGCGUGACGUGGGGUCGAGAGCGGGCUCGGAGGCGGGCGCCUUUCGGCAGUCGCUGUGGCUGCAGCUGCCAGGCCUGGGGACACGGGCGGCCGAGGCCGCGGUCACAGCCUCCUGGUGUCACCGGCUAUGGCUGCGCUCGGCCGGCCCUUCAGCGGCCUCCCCCUGAGCAGCAGCUCGGACUUCCUGCAGCCGCCGCCGCCUCCCUUCCCCGGCCGGGCCUUCCCGCCGGGGGCGGAUGGCGCCGAGCUGGCCCCGCGGCCGGGACCCCGCGUCGUCCCCAGCAACCCCGGCGGGAGUGCGGCGCGCGGACGUGUUUCUGUUCACUGUAAAAAGAAACACAAGCGAGAGGAGGAGGAUGAUGAGUAAGUUUCAGUGGCUGUUUAUUCACCAUUAAUUGAACAUAUGUUACAAAGUACUUGUUUAAGUGAAAAGGUGAAAUAUUAGAUGCGUGUCUCUAGAAAGAGACAUAGAAAUUAGUAACAGUAUUUGUCUUUUAGAGGAAGUAACAGUGGCAGGCAGACAGGUCAGAGGGAAACUUUGCUCGUUAAGUUGUAAUGUUUGGAUUAUGAAUCGUUAAUAGUACAUGCACAAAGUAGAAUAAUUUAAAGGAUACGUAUUGAAAAGUCUUUUUUUUUCUUUGAGUCAGGGACUCUGCCACCCAAGCUGGAGUGCAGUUGUGUGAUCACAGCUCACUGCAGCCUCAAACUCCUUGGGUUCAAAUGAUCCCUCAGCUUCAGCCUCCUGAAUAGCUGAGACUGCAGAGUGUGCCACCACACUCAGCUAAUUUCUAAAAAAAAAUUUUGUAGAGAUGGUGUCUAACUAUGUUGCCCAGUCUGGUCAUGAACUUCUGCGCUCAAGCAAUAUUCCCCACUCUAGGACUGCAGUUGUGAACUGUGGCAAUAGGCCUUAUUAAAAAGUCUUUUACUCCACACCGCUGGUUCUCCCCCCGACCAGACAACCCAUUACCAGUUUUCCAUGUCACCUUUAGUA